UUUGCUCCAAAAGUGAAUGUUGCAAAAGCCGGAGAAGGAAUGUGAGCAAGGAAAGUGGCAAAAAAGAAUAGUAAAAAAAAAGGAGUGGAAAAUGUUAUAACAGCAGUGAGAGGAGAUAGAAAGUGGAUGCAAGUUAGGAAAAUCAAUGGCAGAAACAGCAACUUUAACAACACAGUUCCAGGAAAAGACAAACAAGCACGUAAAAAGAGGCAAAAAACAGAGCCUUUAAAACAAGGUUUGUGUGUUUAUCCACCAGUCGGUCCUGGUAUGGCACUGUUCCCGUUCUGCAAGACAGCUACAGGCCCAAUCAGAACAACCAGGAUACAACUAUUUCUGUGCUGUUUUCUUCUGUUUCUUAUCAUAUACUUCCUUAAUGGACGUAAAGUUCCCAUCAGUCUGGAAACAACUCAACGCAUCCAUCAUGUCUUGGGAAAGGAAAAGGGGAGAAUACUGACAAACAUGACAGUGGUCAAGGCAGCAAGACCACGGUCUCAAGUGGAGACAUCAUGGGGCGCUCCUUUAGUUUGGGGUGACACCCGCUACUCAGUGUGGCGCAGAGCCAAAAUUCCAGAACGGGAAAUUCGCGUAGGUCUGUUGGUCCUUGUGGUGGGAACUUAUGCCCAGUUUGUCCGACAUUUCCUCUCUUCAGCUGAAACCCACUUUCUCCCUGGUCAGUUGGUCACAUAUUACAUUCUCACGGACAAUCCACGUUCAAUGGAUCCACGUCCACAGCUGGGGCCAGAACGGCAGAUGAAGGUGGUUCAAGUCACAGAGCUGCCGGGGUGGGACAGGUUAGCUUACCGUCGAAUGGUGCUGCUUGCUGAUGCCAUCAAAGAUCCAAUUGGCAGUGAGGUUGACUACAUCUUCUGUGCUGAUGUUGACCAGGAGUUUGUGGCCCCAGUAGAGGAGGAAAUCCUAGGAGAACUAGUGGCUACAUUACAUCCAGAAAUGUAUGGAAAACCAAGAAAUGUAUUUCCUUAUGAAAUUGAAGAAGUCUCAUCAGCUUAUGUGGAGGAAGAUGAAGGGGACUACUAUUACACAUCAGAGUUUUAUGGCGGGUUGGUAUCUGAGAUGUACAAUCUGGCUCGAACCUGUUCUUUACUUAUCCUUCAAGAUCAGGCUAACAGAGUGACUGCCAGAAGGCUCGAGGAAAGCUACCUGAACCGCUAUCUGAUUGACCACAGGCCGACCUGUGUGCUGUCACCAGAAUACAGCUGGUGGGACUCACCCCUGGCUGCCCGUGUGCCUGCACGGAGGCUAGUUUCCUUAGGAAGGCAAUGUGCAGCUAAUAAUUUUCAGAAGAGAGAGCAACACAGUUGCUGAAAUCAUAUCCACUCAGCUAGAGAUACAGAUUGAACUCCUAUGUGAAGAAUAACUGGUAAAACAUUACCAAGUGGUGUUAUAUCCAGACAGCAGAUAACAAUAAAUUAGCUCAUAAUACUGUCAUCUUAAUAAAAUCUGAAUUUUAUUUGAUUUUCUGUUUUGUUGGUCAAUAAACAGAGUCUGCAGUCUGCAGUCAAACUGCACAAUUUGCACUGAAUUAAACAUGUUUGUGUCAACAGCACCUUUGUAUGCUUGUUAUCUCUGACCCAGCUGAUAAAAAAGAGAAAUAAAUUGACCUGUCUCUUUAAA